AUGAGUAGCCAGCAACUCCCUUCCCAGGAGCUCAACAAGGCCAAACCGGCUCACUCGAAUUCGGUUCCUGAUCUAAAGGGUCCUGCAAGCGCAGUACUUCAGCCCGCCACAAAUAAGGUGGAGGCACCGAGUAAUCAAAAGGCUUCACAAGACAUCGCAGAUUUGAUGGGAUUUUCUGGGUUUGAAUCGACGAAGAACAAGAAAGUCCAACCAAAAAAUUCGGGCGGUAAGCGAGUGGUAAAAAAGGCGAAUAAAGGUGCUAAAUAUAGACAGUACGUUAAUAGGAAAGACAAGAAGUUAAUCCAGUGA